AUGGAUGGCGCCUCGUACUAUACUAGCUCUGUAUCAGUACGCCCCGUCCAUUAUGAGGAACUCGUCAACCGUGGGUGGAGACGAUCAGGGACGCUUUACUACAAGCAGAAUCUGCAGAGAUCAUGUUGUCCGCACUAUACGAUGAGGCUUGAGGCAACAGCCUUCAAGUCGAGGAAGGACCAACGCAAAGCAAUCAAUCGCUGGAAUAAGUUCGUCUUGGGACCGGAAUACAUCCGAAGGGCAGCUUACCUGUGCCCUAAAACCCGGGAAGAAAAGAGGCACCGAAAAUGUAAUUUCGACCUGCUCACCGCCGUUCACGAAGCUGAAUACAGCAAUGUGAAGAAGCCCAUUGAUCCCAAGACCAAGAAAUACUUAGAGCCUGCUCAUCGAUUUGAGGUCAACAUAGAAGGGGACUCUGUAUCUCAGGCAAAAUACGAGCUUUUCCUCAAAUACCAGACCAAAGUCCACAAGGAAGACGUCUCCACGUGGCAGCAGAAGGACUUCAAACGGUUCCUCUGUUCGGGCCUGAAGCGCUCCCCAGCUGAUCCCAAGUCUACUGAGAAGAAACUAGGGUCAUGGCACCAGUGCUACCGCCUGGAUGGGAAGCUCAUAGCCGUUGCGGUCUUGGACUUGAUGCCGAGUGGUGUGAGCUCUGUAUACAUCUUUUAUGAUCCCGACUACGAACAAUGGGAGUUCGGAAAACUCAGCGCCCUAAGGGAGAUUGCCCUCUCUAUUGAAGAUAGUUACCAGUAUUACUACAUGGGCUAUUAUAUCCACUCAUGCCAGAAAAUGCGGUACAAGGGAUCUUUCAGGCCGCAGUAUAUCCUCGACCCCGAAAGUCACACAUGGGAUCCCCUUGACGGCGAACUGGCAAAGAAGCUAGACAAACGUCCUUAUGUAUCACUCUCACGUGACCGCUGUCGUCCCGCUGAAAGCACAUCAGAUUCCACCGGGGCAGAGGCCGACGCCGAAAUCAACGAUGAUGAAAUGUCGCUCUUCGACCUGUGCAUGCCCGGUGUCCUGUCUCUGAAAGAAGUAGAGGCUUUGGAUCUGGACCACUGGUUGCUCCUCGUCCAUGGUAGUUUUGUGCACAUGAUUGAUCUCGUUGGGUGGGAGACGAUGCCUAUGGAUAAUCCCCAAUCUGUUAAAGGGAUCAUUGCUGAGCUUGCCGCGGUGUUGGGUCCCGAAAUCGUCAAGCAGAGUGCCGUCGUACUAUUCGACUAA